AUGACGAUACCAAUUAGUUUUCUGCGACAUUGGACUACUUUUUGUGGGAGCACUCAGCGAUGGACAUCUCUAGUAAUACGGGAUGCCCGAACAGUACAUAUCAGUACCAAGAAAUUCUACUUUGCGACGACAAGCUCAGUGGUGUUGUACGUGUGCUCACCGGACUACAAACCCGGGGGUGAAUACAAGGUCUUCACUGAAUCAUGUCUUUUGAGGGGCCAGUCAUGUGCUUGUCCCAGCUCAGGCAACCAAAGGUUUACCGACGCUUGUCAAAUCUUCUUUUCCAGAGGUUGCAUUCACUCCUGGAACAAACAAAAAUCCCGCCGGUCUUCCACUAGUGAUUGUUACGUGUCAAACUCGGAACUCGGAAGCGCAACAAUUAGAGACGACCAGCGUGCGUUGACUCCUGGGGAGGAAGAUAUGCAGGGAACGAGAUCGUAA